AUGAGCCAACAAACAUUAUCUGAAGAUCGAGAUAUUAGCGUGGAUGCAACGUUAUUUGAAUAUGAUAAAAUAAUGCCUAUACCUGAUAUUGAAAAUGAGCCCCAUCUACUAAUAUCUAAAGUACGUAAACAUUAUAUGGAAUAUAUAAUUAAACUUCUAUCAGUCAACUACGAGAAUAACCAAAGGCUUCUUAAUAAAAAUAUUCGAUUACCAAGCGCUAUAUGGAGGUGUGCGAAAAAUAUAGAAAUGACUGCCGCUCAAACUUGCAUGGUAGUACAGCUUUAUAGAAAAAAUAUUGUUACAGUGAUUAAAGAGUUAAAACACAAUACAAAAGAGGGCAAGCUGUAUACGCCAUUAUAUGACUUUGUAAAUAAACCCCCAGAAAACGAGAAAAAACAAUCUUUUGAUGAAAGACUAGCAUCAUUAGCUGGACAAUUGGUAAAUCCUAAUGAUAACAAUUUAAAAAAGCCCAUCACUCAGAAUAAGAGGAGAAGUGAUUAUAGUAAAUGGCUAUGUGAGGAAUAUUUCUUGAAGUUAAAACUAUUUGAUAUAUUGGAUCAAUUAAGAGAUGGCAAUAGGGCAAAGCUUUCAAGGAUAAAAGUAAUGUUGAUUGAUUUAUUUGGAGAAGAUAGUGAUGACGAGGGAGUAAUGUCACCUUUGGACGAAACACCAAAUUUCAUAAGAAGCUGCAAAGAGCGCAUUGCUCCAUGGGUGGUUAGGAUGUUGACUCCGUUUUACAUUAAAGGCAGGAUAAAAGGAAAAGCACUAUUUAAAUCUGUGGCUAAACAUUUAAUAAGACUCAUAUAUCAAUGCAGUAAAUAUCCAAGUGAAUAUGAAGUUAAGAGUUUUGUAAGUGAUUUUCUUGAAAGCCACAAAAUAAUAAGAUGUGAGGCAGACUUUAAACAAUUCCGUAUUGAUAAUAUU